AUAUAUCUUGUCGGUAGUUGCGUUUCAUUUUUGUCUGCAGGAAGAGAGAAAUGGCGAUCUCGUUCCCAAAUCGUCAGCUGUUGAUCGAUGGGGAAUGGAAAGAGCCCAUCAAGAAGAAAAGGAUUCCCAUCAUCAAUCCCGCUACUGAAGAGAUCAUAGGGGAUAUACCCGCGGCAACUGCUGAGGAUGUGGAGCUGGCAGUGGAAGCUGCUCGCAAGGCUUUCACAAGAAACAAUGGAAGAGACUGGUCACGUGCUUCUGGGGCUUAUCGUGCUAAAUAUCUGCGUGCCAUUGCUUCAAAGAUAAUGGAGAGAAAAUCUGAGUUGUCCAAGCUAGAAGCACUUGAUUCUGGGAAACCACUAGAUGAAACAGCAUGGGACAUGGAUGAUGUUGCUGGAUGUUUUGAGUACUAUGCAGAUCUUGCAGAGGCUUUAGACGGGAAGCAAAAGGCUCCUAUCUGUGUUCCUCUGGAAACAUUCAAAAGUCAUGUCCUUAAGGAACCACUUGGAGUUGUGGGCUUGAUAACUCCUUGGAACUACCCACUCUUGAUGGCUACAUGGAAGGUUGCUCCAGCAUUGGCUGCUGGGUGUACAGCAAUACUAAAGCCCUCUGAGUUGGCAUCUGUGACUUGUUUGGAGUUGGGUGAAGUGUGUAGAGAAGUCGGGCUUCCACCUGGUGUCUUAAACAUUGUGACUGGAUUAGGUCCAGAAGCUGGUGCUCCUUUGGCAUCUCAUCCACAUGUUGACAAGAUUGCAUUUACUGGAAGUACUGCAACUGGCAGCACAAUCAUGAGUGCUGCAGCUCAAUCAGUCAAGCCUAUUUCUUUGGAGCUUGGUGGAAAAAGUCCAAUCCUUGUAUUUGAUGAUGUGGAGCUUGAUAAAGCUGCUGAAUGGACACUUUUUGGAUGCUUUUGGACAAAUGGUCAAAUAUGCAGUGCAACAUCUCGUCUUCUGGUACAUGAAAACAUUGCGAAGGAAUUCCAGGAGAAGCUAGCUAGCUGGGCCAAAAACAUCAAAGUUUCAGAUCCUUUGGAAGAAGGCUGCAGGCUUGGCCCAGUUGUUAGUGAAGGGCAGUAUGUGAAAGUAAUGAACUUCAUUUCAAAAGCGAAGAGCGAAGGUGCAACCAUUCUAUGUGGAGGUACCCGCCCACAGCAUUUGAAGAAAGGAUUCUAUAUCGAACCGACCAUCAUAACAGAUGUCGACACCUCCAUGCAAAUUUGGAGAGAGGAGGUUUUCGGACCUGUUUUAUGUGUUAAAACAUUUAGGACUGAAGAGGAUGCUAUUGAGCUUGCAAAUGACAGUCGUUAUGGCUUAGGUGGUGCAGUGCUUUCCAAGGAUCUGGAGCGGUGUGAGCGUGUAUCAAAGGCUCUCCAGGCAGGGAUUGUAUGGGUGAACUGCUCACAGCCCUGCUUCUGCCAGGCUCCUUGGGGAGGAACCAAACGCAGUGGUUUUGGGCGUGAACUAGGGGAAUGGGGACUAGAUAAUUACUUGAGCGUAAAGCAGGUGACUGAGUACAUCUCAAGUGACCCAUGGGGUUGGUAUCAAUCACCUUCAAAGCUGUAAAACUUACACCCCAGAUGACCCCCCGAGGGGAAAUUAAAAAGGAUAAUGUGUCCAACAACAGCAAUGCAUUUGAUGGAAUAGUUGCAGAUGUGCUUGAUGACCAAUGCUACCAUCAUUGUCGUUGAUAGUUAGAUUUCCUAAUAUCAUGUAUGAACUUUUAUUUGGAAGUGCAUGAUUACUAUGAAAAUAAGAAGCAAAACAAUAACAGGGAAGUUUCUGCAGUAGCAGACUGGUUAUGUUUGUUAGUAAAUGUUAACAUCUUAACUUGGGAAUUCUCUAGCAUUUCUUUCCCCAUUGUCACCAUUUGAUAA